AUGGAUAUUGAUGAAUCAGCUGUCAGGAAGAGUGAUGGGUUUUUGAGACAGGGGUGGUGGUGGGUUAAGGCAUUACCUGAGAGAUUCAUAAACAAAGUAGUUGAGUUUGCACACAAGGUGGAGAAGCUUGGGAAGGAUGACCCGAGAAGGAUUAUUCAUUCUAUAAAGGUGGGAUUAACACUCUCAUUGGUUUCUCUCCUAUACUACAUUAGACCCAUCUAUGGAGGUUUUGGCUCCUCUACAAUGUGGGCUAUCAUAACAGUGGUAGUCGUCUUCGAAUAUAGUGUUGGGGCUACAUUGGGUAAAGGAUUUAAUCGAGCAUUAGCAACAUUUUUUGCUGGUGCCUUAGGAUUUGGGGUUCAUCACUUGGCAACUCUAGCUGGAGAUAAAGGGGAGCCUGCAGUUCGUUGGUUCUUUGUCUUCCUACUAGCGACUGUAGCAUCGUUUGCUCGUUUCUUUCCGGGGGUCAAAGCACGAUAUGAUUACGGGGUACUGAUAUUUAUACUAACAUUUUGUUUAGUAUCAGUAUCUGGCUAUCAAGAAGCUGAGAUCUUAAAACUCGCUCACCAAAGGGUAUUAACUAUUCUUAUGGGUUGUUUAACGUGUGUGAUCAUGUCCAUCUUUGUGUUCCCUGUGUGGGCUGGUCUUGACUUUCACAAACUGAUUGCUCGAAACAUAGAAAAGCAAGCUGAUUUCUUACAAGGAUUUGGAGAACUGUAUUUCGGAACAAAGGGAGAUACAGAUAUGUUAUGGCUUCAUGGAUACAGAAGUGUUUUGAAUUCUAAGACAGCUGAAGAAGCAAUGGCAAAUUUUGCUAGAUGGGAGCCACCUCAUGGAAAAUUCAGGUUUCGCCACCCAUGGAAACAGUAUUUAAAAGUCGGCGCAAUGACUAGGCAAUGUGCAUACAGGUUGGAAGCACUAAGCAACGGCAUCACCUCUGAAAUGAAAGAAACAUCAGAGUUCAAGAAGAUAAUUACACUGUCAUGCAUGGAAAUAUGUGUCGAGUCAGGCAAGGCUUUGCAGGAGAUUUCCUCGGCAGUUAAGAAAAUGACAUACCCAUUUACAGUUUCCACACAUAUCAUGAACGCAAGGAAUGCUGCUGAUGAUCUGCACACUGCCUUAGAAACCAUUACAUUGGAAAACACUAACAUCUUGGAGGAUGUCAUGCCAGCAGCCUCAGUCAUUUCUCUACUACUUGAGAUUAUCGAAUGUACAGAAAACAUUGGAGAAUCAGUAAAGGAGCUUGCUUGCUUAGCAAAGUUUAAAGGUGCAGAUGUCGCGACGUCACCAGAGAAACAAACAAGAAGAUUGCUUCGCAGAGGAAACAUAAAGCCACAUCAUGUUGAAAAUGAUUCAGUUCAUGCUUUAAUUACUACGUAUGCAACUUCAGCUAUGGUAGAGUGACAAAAUAUAGAUGAACAUGUAUGAGCCAGUCUCGAAACUGAAAUGAAAUUUGUUACAAAUUCGGUAACAAUAUCAAUCUGUUUUAUUACUCCCAAUAGAAAAUUCCAAUUGCUUUUCUCGAA